AUGUGCGGAGCAGGUCUGCCUCAUAAUUCCCACACUCAGCCACUCGUGACGAUGGCGGCCGGUGAUGUAGAUGUUUUCGCAAACGAAGAAAAGCGAAACCUUGAGCUUGGAGGCCAUGUGGGGUUUGACAGUCUUCCAGAUCAGUUGGUCAGCAAAUCAGUGGCACAGGGAUUCUGCUUCAACAUCCUCUGUGUAGGUGAGACCGGGAUAGGCAAGUCCACAUUAAUGAACACUCUCUUCAAUACAACAUUUGAAAACGAGGAGGCCAGCCACUAUGAGAGUGAGGUGCAGCUACGCCCACAAACGUAUGAUCUGCAGGAGAGCAAUGUCAACCUCAAGCUGACCAUCGUGCACACCGUAGGGUUUGGAGACCAGAUCAACAAAGAAGAAAGCUAUAAACCCAUUCUGGAGUAUAUCGACGCCCAGUUUGAGAAGUACCUAGAAGAGGAGCUGAAAAUAAAACGCUCCUUGUUUAACUGCCACGACACAAGAAUCCACAUCUGCCUGUAUUUCAUCGCCCCGACCGGACACUCCCUGAAGUCCCUCGAUCUCGUCACGAUGAAGAAACUGGACAGCAAGGUGAACAUCAUCCCCGUUAUUGCAAAGGCAGACACGGUAUCCAAGAGUGAACUGGACAAAUUAAAGAUCAAGAUUAUGAGUGAGCUGGUCAGUAAUGGAGUGCAGAUUUAUCAGUUCCCCACAGAGGAUGAAGCUGUUGCGGAGAUCAACUCCUCCAUGAAUACUCAUCUUCCCUUUGCUGUGGUUGGAAGUGUAGAAGACGUUAAAGUGGGAAAUAAGAUGGUGAAAGCAAGGCUGUACCCGUGGGGAUCAGUGCAGGUGGAGAAUGAAAACCAUUGUGAUUUUGUGAAGCUGAGGGAGAUGCUACUGCGUGUGAACAUGGAGGAUCUCCGAGAGCAAACGCACACUCGGCAUUAUGAGCUCUACCGUCGCUGCAAGCUGGAGGAGAUGGGCUUCAAGGACACAGGCCCGGACAGCCAGUCGUUCAGCCUUCAGGAGACAUACGAAGCCAAGAGAAAGGAGUUUCUUGUGGACCUGCAGCGCAAAGAGGAAGAAAUGAGACAGAUGUUUGUCAACAAAGUGAAGGAGACAGAAGCCGAGCUGAAAGAAAAAGAAAAAGAGCUUCAUGAGAGGUUUGAGCAACUCAAGCGGAUGCACCAGGAAGAAAAGAAGAAUCUGGAGGAGAAGAGACGAGAGCUGGAGGAGGAGAUGAAUGCCUUCAAUAGGAGAAAGGUUGCAGCUGAGACGCUGAUGGGACAGGCUCUCCAAGGCUGCUCACAACCGUUCAAGAAGGACAAGGACAAGAAGAAUUGAUUUAUGGAUCAAACAUCAAGGGAAACCAGGAAUGUGUCUGCCAUCAGCAUGGGAAAAAGAGACAGAGUCAUAUCUGACAUUACUUCCUGUAUGUGUGGACAUAGUGUCACAGCCACAAUGCACGUAUGUCAGCCUGAAUAAUGUGACGGCUAUAAGCCACUGUGUACUUACGGAUCAAAAAGGUAGCGCUGCUCAGUGUAUUUAAUUUGUCCCUAAUGCUGACUCAGCUAGACACACAAUCCAUGGACUGUUUUCAUAACAUGUAGCUUGUGUUAUUUUAUGUUCUUGCCAUGAAUGUGUGUCCAUCUCCUGCUGUAAAUGUAAAUCUCUGUUUCUCAGUGAGAAAACUUAGAACAGGAGACUUUCAGUUACUGACUGAACUGAUGGUUGUGAGUUAUGUAUUAACGUACAGUAAGCCUUUGUGUGUAUUUAUGCAGCUGUUAUUCACAAGUUGAAAGGUUUACAGCAGUUUUUUCUAAGACAACAUGUCUAAUAGCUUAGAAAAUAUUGUUUUUUUUUAUUGUAUUUUGAGGUAAGAUAAUUUAUAUGUCUAACACAGUUCUGUGCAAAGUUAAAAAGAAAGUAAUUUAUAUUAUUUACGCACAGUGAGUGUGGAAGUGAGUCAAAUAUUUUGCCUUCAUUUCUAUUCAAAUAAAUAAUGACAAUGUGAAACCGAACGUGGCAUCAGUUCAUCUGUUGGUCAGCUGAACCCAUUCUGUUCUCUGGGAUUUCCCACCACAUCACUCAUUUUCAAAACAUUUCACAUUGUACCCAUUGUCAACAGAACAUGUUUUUUUUCUGAUUCUGUUUGAUUAACAGUGUCAGUGGUUUUUCUGUAAAAGCAUUAUCCAUUUAAUUCAAUUUGUUUUUGCCUUCAGUCAGUGGCAGCAAACAGGUCAAAAAACAAAAUGCUUAUUAAACUUACUUAUCCUUUGCACUUAUAUGUUGUAUUUAAUAUCUUGUUGUGGUUUGUCUAAUAACCUUAAUGAAUAUGUGGAGUUGCUUGUUCAUAUAAAUGACAUGUUUUUUUUCCCUUCUCAUAGCUUCUUUAGUCUUCCAUCUGCGUGCUCCUUAACCUCAGGAAGGAAUUUGAAUUAGAAGACUUUCUACCACAUCAAAAGAUCACAGACUAACAGUCAAGCAUAUUAUUUUUACUAUGUGAAAUAACAGUUUUAUAGAAAUGCACUUAACAUCCCUGGAAGUGAGUCAGCCUGAAGUCUUCCAUGUCUACUAAACUCUCCUUUAAGCUUUUAAGCAGCGCUCUGUAGCAUGGUCUCUGCAUGGCUCCUAACGUUCAUUCCUAAAAGUAUUAAAAGAUCUUCAUUGCCAAAAUCUCAGUUUUUGUACUUAAUGUGCUUAAUGUUCUUUCAUCUGCCAUGUUAGGCUAAUAGUUUUUGACUGAUAACAAUUUACACUGUGAAAAGUGACAUGAUAUUGCUGUUUAAUGUUGUACGGAUACAUUAUAUUAUGAUUUAAAAGCACUUUAAAUGAGUCAUCGUACAAAUACAAUCUUAACUCAUUGUAAAAGGUGCCCUAUCAUGCUAACAUGUCAGCCCUUAUGUUGUGUCAAAAAGAUCUAGUUAGAAGUAUUUUAUAGUUUUAAACUGCAAAAAAAUAUAUGGU